AUGCGUCUACAUGAUGUUCGCAUCUGCUCCCGGUCUGAGGACCGGCUGGAGUGUGGGCUGCUGGGUGGGAACCACGUCGUCCUGGGCCCCAGGAAGGAGGCAGACCCAGCAGCCCCCAACUCACCAUCUGUGCCCCUUGCCUGGGUGCUGCCCCAACCCCUGGUAGAUACAGUCCCCCAACCCUGCUGCAUCAUGGACCACUCCUUCAGCGGAGCACCCCGCUUCCUGACACGGCCAAAAGCCUUUGUGGUAUCUGUUGGCAAGGAUGCCACGCUGAGCUGCCAGAUCGUGGGCAACCCCACGCCACACGUGAGCUGGGAGAAGGACCGGCAGCCAGUGGAGGCAGGAGCACGCUUCCGACUGGCCCAGGACGGGGAUGUGUACCGCCUCACCAUCCUCGAUCUGGCGCUAGGUGACAGCGGACAGUAUGUGUGUCGCGCGAGGAACGCCAUAGGGGAGGCCUUCGCCGCCGUAGGCCUGCGAGUGGACUCGGAGGGCACGUGUGCCGAGCAGGCGCCCCACUUUCUGCUGCGGCCCACGUCCAUUCGCGUGCGGGAGGGCGCAGACGCCACCUUCCGGUGUCGCGUUGGCGGCUCACCACAACCUGCUGUGAGCUGGUCCAAAGAUGGGAGGCGCCUGGGCGCACCCGAUGCCCCCCAUGUGCGCGUGGAAGAGCACGGCGAGGCGAGCGCGCUUCGCAUUCGCUCCGCAAGGCCUCGCGAUGGUGGCACCUACGAAGUCCGGGCAGAGAACCCGCUGGGCUCCGCCAGCGCUGCCGCCGCUCUCGUGGUGGAUUCGGACGCCGAGGUUGCGGGACCACCCGGAACCUCCACCGCCACGCUCCUGGCGCAUCUGCAGCAGCGGCGCGAGGCCAUGCGCGCAGAGGGCGUUCCCCCUUCUCCACCCGGCGCUGGCACGCGCACCUGCACGGUGACCGAAGGCAAACACGCGCGCCUCAGCUGCUUUGUGACCGGGGAGCCCAAGCCUGAGACAGUGUGGAAGAAGGACGGGCAGCUGGUGACCGAGGGCCGGCGACACGUAGUGUAUGAGGACGAGCAAGAGAACUUCGUCCUUAAGAUUCUUUUCUGCAAGCAGUCCGACCGCGGCCUCUACACCUGCACAGCGUCCAACGUCGUGGGCCAGACCUACAGCUCGGUGCUGGUGGUCGUGAGAGAGCCGGCAGUGCCCUUCAAGAAGCGGCUGCAGGACCUGGAGGUGCGAGAGAAAGAGUCUGCCACAUUCCAGUGCGAGGUGGCUCAGCCAGCCACCGAGGCGGCGUGGUUCAAGGAAGAGACGCGGCUCUGGGCCAGCGCCAAGUACGACAUCGAGGAGGAGGGCACCGAGCGCCGGCUGACGGUGCGCAACGUCUCCGCAGACGACGACGCGGUGUACAUCUGCGAGACCACAGAGGGCAGCCGCACGGUGGCAGAGCUCUCGGUUCAAGGAAACUUGACCAGAAAGCUGCCUCGGAAGACAGCAGUGCGCACUGGAGACACAGCCAUCUUUUGGGUGGAGCUGGCUGUCCCUGAAGGCCCUGUCCAGUGGCUACGGAACCAGGAGGAGAUGGUGGCAGGGGGCCGGGUUGCCAUCACUGCCGAAGGCACGUGCCACACACUGACCAUCUUCCAGUGCACCUUGGAGGACAUGGGUGAGGUGGCCUUUGUGUCUGGUAGCUGCCGGACGACCACCCAGUUCUGUGUAUCAGCGCCCAGAAGGCCACCCUUGUACCCUCCUGCUGACCCUGUCGUAAAGACCAAGACUGAGAGUUCUGUGACCCUCAGCUGGUCCCCACCGCCCCAUGGGGACCGCCCUGUCACUAUUGAUGGUUAUGUGGUGGAGAAGAGGAAGCUGGGUGCCUAUGCCUGGAGCAGGUGUCACGAAGCUGAAUGGCUGGCCACGACGGAGUUUACUGUCACCGGUGUGGCUGAGGAAGGGGACUUCCAGUUCCGGGUGUCAGCUAUCAAUCACUUUGGCCAGAGUCCUUACCUUGAGUUUCCAGGGACCAUGCACUUGGUCCCCAUGCUGGCUGUAAAGACACCUCUGAAGGCAGUGGAGGCGGUGGAGGGCGGUGAGGUCACCUUCUCCGUGGACCUCACAGUGGCCUCUUCAGGCGAGUGGUUCUUGGAUGGGGAGGCCUUGAAAGCGAGCAGUAUAUACGUGAUCCGUCGUGACCGCACCCGGCAUAUGCUCACCAUCAGAGAGGUGCCCGCUGGAUUGCAUGGGGCUCAGCUGAAGUUUGUGGCUAAUGGCAUUGAAACCAGCAUCCAAAUGGUGGUCCGAGCGGCUCUGGGGCUGCCCAGCAGCAAGCUUCCUGCCGUGGCUGCCCGGGAGGUGCUGGCCCACUUGCACGAGGAGGCACAGCUGCUGGCUGAGCUGUCGGACCAGGCUGCCACUGUGACUUGGCUGAAGGAUGGUCAUGAGCUGUCCCUAGGGCCCAAGUAUGAGAUGCAGGUGUCAGCUGGGAGGCGAGCGCUGCUGGUGCGGGAUGUGUCACAGGAUGACGCUGGCCUCUAUGAGUGUGUCAGUCGUGGGAGCCGCAUUGCCUACCAGUUAUUGGUACAAGAGCCCAAGGCGGUGUUUGCCAAGAAGCAGCCAGCUUACAGCGAGGUGAAGGCAGAGGCGGGGGCCAGUGCCACACUGAGCUGCGAGGUGGCCCAGGCCCAGACCGAGGUGACAUGGUUCAAGGACGGGAAGAAGCUGAGCUCCAGCUCGAAGGUGCGCGUGGAGGCCUCGGGCUGCUCCAGGAGGCUGGUGGUGCAACAGGCGGGCCAGGCGGAUGCUGGGGAGUACAGCUGCGAGGCCGGGGGGCAGAAGCUCUCCUUCCGCCUGGACGUCACAGAGCCCAAGCUGGUGUUCGCCAAGGGGCAGCAGGCACGCAGCGAGGUGAAGGCAGAGGCGGGGGCCAGUGCCACACUGAGCUGCGAGGUGGCCCAGGCCCAGACUGAGGUGACAUGGUUCAAGGACGGGAAGAAGCUGAGCUCCAGCUCGAAGGUGCGCGUGGAGGCCUCGGGCUGCUCCAGGAGGCUGGUGGUGCAGCAGGCGGGCCAGGCAGAUGCUGGGGAGUACAGCUGCGAGGCCGGGGGGCAGAAGCUCUCCUUCCAUCUGGACGUGGCAGAGCCCAAGAUGGUGUUUGCCAAGGAGCAGCAGGCACGCAGCGAGGUGAAGGCAGAGGCGGGGGCCAGUGCCACACUGAGCUGCGAGGUGGCCCAGGCCCAGACUGAGGUGACAUGGUUCAAGGACGGGAAGAAGCUGAGCUCCAGCUCGAAGGUGCGCGUGGAGGCCUCGGGCUGCUCCAGGAGGCUGGUGGUGCAGCAGGCGGGCCAGGCGGAUGCUGGGGAGUACAGCUGCGAGGCCGGGGGGCAGAAGCUCUCCUUCCGCCUGGACGUGGCAGAGCCCAAGGAGGUGUUUGCCAAGGGACAGCAGGCUCACAGUGAGGUGAAGGCAGAGGCGGGGGCCAGUGCCACACUGAGCUGCGAGGUGGCCCAGGCCCAGACUGAGGUGACAUGGUUCAAGGACGGGAGGAAGCUGAGCUCUAGCUCGAAGGUGCGCGUGGAGGCCUCGGGCUGCUCCAGGAGGCUGGUGGUGCAGCAGGCGGGCCAGGCGGAUGCUGGGGAGUACAGCUGCAAAGCUGGAGGGCAGAAGCUCUCCUUCCGCCUGGACGUGGCAGAACCCAAGCUGGUGUUUGCCAAGGGGCAGCAGGCACGCAGCGAGGUGAAGGCAGAGGCGGGGUCCAGUGCCACACUGAGCUGCGAGGUGGCCCAGGCCCAGACUGAGGUGACAUGGUUCAAGGACGGGAAGAAGCUGAGCUCCAGCUCGAAGGUGCGCGUGGAGGCCUCGGGCUGCUCCAGGAGGCUGGUGGUGCAGCAGGCGGGCCAGGCAGAUGCUGGGGAGUACAGCUGCGAGGCCGGGGGGCAGAAGCUCUCCUUCCACCUGGACAUCACAGAGCCCAAGAUGGUGUUUGCCAAGGGACAGCAGGCACGCAGGGAGGUGAAGGCAGAGGCGGGGUCCAGUGCCACACUGAGCUGCGAGGUGGCCCAGGCCCAGACUGAGGUGACAUGGUUCAAGGAUGGGAAGAAGCUGAGCUCCAGCUCGAAGGUGCGCGUGGAGGCCUCGGGCUGCUCCAGGAGGCUGGUGGUGCAGCAGGCGGGCCAGGCGGAUGCUGGGGAGUACAGCUGCGAGGCCGGGGGGCAGAAGCUCUCCUUCCAUCUGGACGUGGCAGAACCCAAGCUGGUGUUUGCCAAGGAGCAGCAGGCACGCAGCGAGGUGAAGGCAGAGGCGGGGGCCAGUGCCACACUGAGCUGCGAGGUGGCCCAGGCCCAGACUGAGGUGACAUGGUUCAAGGACGGGAAGAAGCUGAGCUCCAGCUCGAAGGUGCGCGUGGAGGCCUCGGGCUGCGCCAGGAGGCUGGUGGUGCAGCAGGCGGGCCAGGCGGAUGCUGGGGAGUACAGCUGCGAGGCCGGGGGGCAGAAGCUCUCCUUCCGCCUGGACGUGCCAGAACCCAAGCUGGUGUUCGCCAAGGAGCAGCAGGCACGCAGCGAGGUGAAGGCAGAGGCGGGGGCCAGUGCCACACUGAGCUGCGAGGUGGCCCAGGCCCAGACUGAGGUGACAUGGUUCAAGGACGGGAAGAAGCUGAGCUCCAGCUCGAAGGUGCGCGUGGAGGCCUCGGGCUGCUCCAGGAGGCUGGUGGUGCAGCAGGCGGGUCAGGCGGAUGCUGGGGAGUACAGCUGCGAGGCCGGGGGGCAGAAGCUCUCCUUCUGCUUGGAUGUCACAGAGCCCAAGCUGGUGUUCGCCAAGGAGCAGCAGGCACGCAGCGAGGUGAAGGCAGAGGCGGGGGCCAGUGCCACACUGAGCUGCGAGGUGGCCCAGGCCCAGACCGAGGUGACAUGGUUCAAGGACGGGAAGAAGCUGAGCUCCAGCUCGAAGGUGCGCGUGGAGGCCUCGGGCUGCUCCAGGAGGCUGGUGGUGCAGCAGGCGGGCCAGGCGGAUGCUGGGGAGUACAGCUGCGAGGCCGGGGGGCAGAAGCUCUCCUUCCGCCUGGACGUGGCAGAGCCCAAGCUGGUGUUUGCCAAGGGGCAGCAGGCACGCAUCGAGGUGAAGGCAGAGGCGGGGGCCAGUGCCACACUGAGCUGCGAGGUGGCCCAGGCCCAGACUGAGGUGACCUGGUUCAAGGACGGGAAGAAGCUGAGCUCCAGCUCGAAGGUGCGCGUGGAGGCCUCGGGCUGCUCCAGGAGGCUGGUGGUGCAGCAGGCGGGCCAGGCGGAUGCUGGGGAGUACAGCUGCGAGGCCGGGGGGCAGAAGCUCUCCUUCCGUCUGGAUGUGGCAGAGCCCAAGCUGGUGUUCGCCAAGGAGCAGCAGGCACGCAGCGAGGUGAAGGCAGAAGCGGGAGCCAGUGCCACACUGAGCUGCGAGGUGGCCCAGGCCCAGACUGAGGUGACAUGGUUCAAGGACGGGAAGAAGCUGAGCUCCAGCUCGAAGGUGCGCGUGGAGGCCUCGGGCUGCUCCAGGAGGCUGGUGGUGCAGCAGGCGGGCCAGGCAGAUGCUGGGGAGUACAGCUGCGAGGCCGGGGGGCAGAAGCUCUCCUUCCGUCUGGACGUGGCAGAGCCCAAGCUGGUGUUCGCCAAGGGGCAGCAGGCACGCAGUGAGGUGAAGGCAGAGGCGGGGGCCAGUGCCACACUGAGCUGCGAGGUGGCCCAGGCCCAGACUGAGGUGACAUGGUUCAAGGACGGGAAGAAGCUGAGCUCCAGCUCGAAGGUGCGCGUGGAGGCCUCGGGCUGCUCCAGGAGGCUGGUGGUGCAGCAGGCGGGCCAGGCGGAUGCUGGGGAGUACAGCUGCGAGGCCGGGGGGCAGAAGCUCUCCUUCCACCUGGACGUGGCAGAGCCUAAGCUGGUGUUCGCCAAGGAGCAGCAGGCACGCAGCGAGCUGGUGUUCGCCAAGGAGCAGCAGGCACGCAACGAGGUGAAGGCAGAGGCGGGAGCCAGUGCCACACUGAGCUGCGAGGUGGCCCAGGCCCAGACUGAGGUGACCUGGUUCAAGGACGGGAAGAAGCUGAGCUCCAGCUCGAAGGUGCGCGUGGAGGCCUCGGGCUGCUCCAGGAGGCUGGUGGUGCAGCAGGCGGGCCAGGCGGAUGCUGGGGAGUACAGCUGCGAGGCCGGGGGGCAGAAGCUCUCCUUCCAUCUGGACGUGGCAGACACCAAACUGGUAUUUGCCAAGGAGCAGCAGGCACUCAGCGAGGUGAAUGCAGAGGCAGGGGCCAGUGCCACACUGAGCUGCGAGGUGGCCCAGGCCCAGACUGAGGUGACAUGGUUCAAGGACGGGAAGAAGUUGAGCUCCAGCUCGAAGGUGCGCGUGGAGGCCUCGGGCUGCUCCAGGAGGCUGGUGGUGCAGCAGGCGGGCCAGGCGGAUGCUGGGGAGUACAGCUGCGAGGCCGGGGGGCAGAAGAUCUCCUUCCGUCUGGAUGUGGCAGAACCAGAGCCUGAGUCCCAGAUUCCAGAGAGACCCAGCCGCAGAGAGCCUCUGGUUGUCAAGGAACACGAGACCUUUGUCCUGACUGCCACGAUGGCUGCACCCUCUGUGGCUGCUGUGACCUGGCUCAAAGAUGGUGUGGAGAUCCGCCGCAGUAAGCGGCACGAGGCCACCAGUCUGGGUGAUACUCAUACCCUGACCGUGAGAGGCGCACAGGUCCUGGACAGUGCCAUCUACAGCUGCCGUGUCGGCAAGGAAGGUCAGGACUUCCCGGUGCAGGUAGAAGAGGUGGCCGCCAAGUUCUCCAAACCCCUGGAGCCCAUCGAAGGAGAACUGGGUGGCACCGUGACGCUGGUCUGUGAGCUGAACCCGGAGCAGGCCGAGGUUGUGUGGCGCUGUGGGAACACACAGCUGCGUGCAGGCAAGCGCUUCCAGAUGACCUCUGAGGGGCCUAGGCGCACACUGACCGUGUCUGGCCUACGAGAGGAUGAUGAGGAGGAGUAUGUGUGUGAGAGCCGGGAUGACCGCACUCGUGCUCGGAUCACUGUCAAAGUUCCCCGAGUGGUGAAGUUUACAUCUGGAUUGAGUGCCGUGGUCGCAGAGGAGGGCCAAGGGGCCACCUUUCAAUGUGUUGUGUCCCCCGGCGAUGCAGCCGUCGUGUGGUACAAGGACGGCACGCAGCUUCAGCCUAGCGAGAAGUUUGUUAUGGUACAGAGUGGGGCCAGCCGAAGUCUGACUAUUUUGGGCCUGACCCUGGAGGACACUGGCCAUGUCACAGUGGAGGCUGAGGGGGCCUCAUCUUCUGCUGCCCUCCGGGUCCGAGAGGCACCGGUCCUCUUCAAAAAGAAGCUUGAGCCGCGGACGGUGGAGGAGAGGACCUCUUUGACGCUGGAGGUGGAGUUGACCCGCCCCUGGCCUGAGGUGAAGUGGACACGGAAUGCUGCCGUCCUGGCACCCAGCGAGAACGUGGAGAUCCGUGCCGAGGGCACUCGGCACUGUCUGGUGCUGCGCAGUGUGGGCUUUGCGGACCGCGGCUUCUUUGGCUGUGAGACUCCAGAUGACAAGACGCAGGCCAAGGUCAACGUAGAAAUGCGGCAGGUCCGGCUGGUUCGAGGCUUGAAGGAGGUGGAGGCUAAGGAACAGGGCACGGCCUCGAUGGAUGUGGAGUUGUCCCACUCUGAGGUGGAGGGCAGCUGGACUCGAGAUGGCCUGCGACUUCAGCCUGGGCCCAAAUGCCACCUGGCCGUACAAGGCCCUGUCCACAUUCUCACACUCUCGGCGUUGCAGCCACAGGACAGCGGGCUGGUGGCCUUCAGGGCUGAGGGCGUGCACACAUCCGCGCGGCUCAUAGUCACUGAGUUGCCUGUGAGCUUCACCAGACUACUUCAGGAUGUGGUGGCCACUCAGAAGGAGAAGGUGACCCUGGAGUGUGAGUUGUCACGGCCUGUGGAUGUACGCUGGCUGAAGGACGGUGUGGAGCUGCGGGCAGGCAAGGCCAUAGGCAUAGUGGCUCAGGGAACCUGCAGGAGUCUGGUUAUCUACCGCUGUGAGACUGGGGACCAGGGUGUCUAUGUAUGUGACGCUCUUGAUGCUCAGACCUCUGCCUCUCUGAGGGUACAAGGUCGCAGUGUUCAGAUUACAAAGCCACUGGAGGAUGUGGAGGUGAUGGAGAAGGAGGGGGCCACAUUCUCCUGUGAGGUGUCCCAUGAUGAGGUUCCCGGCCUAUGGUUCCGAGAAUCCAGUAAGCUCCGACCCAGUGACAACGUGCGCAUCCGGCAGGAAGGGAGGACAUACACUCUUAUCUUCCGGAGGGUCCUGGCAGAAGAUGCAGGGGAGAUCAAGUUUGUAGCUGAGAAUGCAGAAUCAAGAGCUCGCCUCCGAGUGAAAGAACUGCCUGUGACCCUCCUGCGCCCACUGCGGGACAAGAUCGCCAUGGAAAAACACCGUGGUGUGCUUGAGUGCCAGGUGUCCCGGGCUAGCGCCCAGGUGCGGUGGUUCAAGGGCAGAGUGGAGCUGCAGCCUGGGCCCAAGUACGAGGUGGUCAGCGACGGCCUUUACCGCAAACUGGUCAUCAAUGACGUGCAGCCGGAGGAUGAAGACACCUACACCUGUGAUGCUGGCGAUGUCAAGACCAGUGCCCAGUUCUUUGUGGAAGAGCAGUCCAUCACGAUUGUGCGGGGACUGAAGGACGUGACCGUUAUGGAGCCCGCCCCUGCCUGGUUUGAAUGCGAGACCUCCAUCCCCUCUGUGAGGCCACCUAAGUGGCUCCUUGGUAAGACUGUGCUACAGGCAGGGGCGAACGUGGGGCUGGAGCAAGACGGCACUGUGCACCGGCUGACGCUACACAAGACCUGCUCCACCAUGACGGGCCCCGUGCACUUCACCAUCGGCAAGUCCCGCUCCACAGCGCAGCUUGUUGUCUCAGACAUUCCUGUGGUACUGACACGGCCUCUGGAGCCCAAAGCAGGGCGUGAGCUGCAGUCGGUAGUCCUGUCCUGUGACUUCAGGCCAGCCCCCAAGGCUGUGCAGUGGUACAAGGAAGACACACCCCUGUCCCCGUCAGAAAAGUUCAAGAUGACGCUGGAAGGCCAGAUGGCAGAGCUGCGCAUACUCCGGCUCACUGCAGCCGAUGCCGGGGUCUACCGGUGCCAGGCGGGUAGUGCCCAGAGCAGUGCCGAGGUUACUGUGGAAGCUCGGGAGGUGACGGUGAUUCAGCCACUGCAGGAUGCCGAAGCCAUGGAGGAAGGCCGGGUCUGCUUCUCCUGUGAGCUGUCCCAUAAGGACGAGGACAUCGAAUGGUCACUCAAUGGUAUACCCCUGUACAACGACAGCUUCCACGAGAUCAGUCAUGAGGGCUGUCUCCACACCCUGGUGCUGAAGAGUGUCCGGCAGGCUGACGCGGGCACGGUGUGCGCCACCUCUCCCAAGGUGUCCGUUUCUGCCCGCCUGGUGGUUAAAGCAAAGCCAGUGGUGUUCCUGAAAGCACUAGAUGACGUAUCUGCAGAAGAGCGUGGCACGCUGAUCCUGCAAUGCGAGGUCUCCGACCCUGAGGCACGCGUGGUUUGGCGCAAAGAUGGCGUGGAGCUGGGUCCUAGCGACAAGUAUGACUUCUUACACAAGGCAGGUGCUCGAAGCCUUACGGUCCAUGACCUGAGCCACGAGGAUGCUGGACUGUACACCUGCCAGGUGGGCAGUAAGGAGACCCAGUCCAGGGUCAGUGUGCACGAUCUUCACGUGGGCAUCACCAAGAGGUUAAAGACGGUAGAGGUGCUGGAGGGAGAGAGCUGCAGCUUCGAGUGUGUCCUUUCCCACGAGAGUCCCAGUGACCCAGCAGUGUGGACGGUCGGCGGGAAGACAGUGGGCAGUUCUGGCCAUUUUCACGCUGUCCGGCAGGGCCGCAAAUACACCCUGACAGUCAAAGAUGCUGUGCUCAGUGAUGCAGGAGAGGUGGUCUUCUCAGUGCUGGGCCUCACAUCCAAGGCCUCGCUCAUCAUCAGAGAGAGGCCAGUGGACAUCACGAAGCCCCUGGAGGACCAGCGGACUACGCUCGGGGAAGAUGUGAUGCUAAGCUGUGAGCUGUCUAGGGCAGGCACCUCCGUACGCUGGCUGAAAGAUGGGAAGGCCAUCCGGAAGAGUCAGAAGUACGACCUGCUCAGCGAAGGCACACGGGCUGUGUUGGUUGUCCGCAAGGCCUCGCUCAAGGAUUCUGGAGAAUACACCUGUGAGACAGAAGCUUCCAAAAGCACCGCCAGGCUCUGUGUGGAAGAAAAGGCAAACCGGUUCACGGAGGAGCUGGCUGACCUGCAGGUGGAAGAGAAGGGCAGAGCCGUGUUCACAUGCAAGACAGAGCACCCAGCAUCUGUCGUGACCUGGCGCAAAGGCCUCCUGGAGCUGCGUGCCUCGGGGAAGCAUGUCCCCAGUCAGGAGGGCUUGACCCUGAAGCUCACCAUCAAUGCCCUGGAGAGGACAGACAGUGACACUUACACCUGUGACAUUGGCCAAGCCCGGACCCAGGCCAGGCUCCUUGUCCAAGGCCAGAAAGUGCGCGUUAUUGAGGACCUAGAGGACGCUGAUGUCCAGGAGGGCUCCUCUGCCAGGUUUUGCUGCCGCAUCUCCCCUGCUGACUAUGGCCCUGUGCACUGGUUCCUGGACAAGACCCCCUUGCACAGCAAUGAGCUGAACGAGAUCAGUGUCCAGCCUGGAGGCUACCACGUGCUCACCCUGCAGCAGCUGGCGCUCAAGGAUUCAGGCACUGUCUACCUCGAGGCGGGUGACCAGCGGACCUCAGCUGCCCUGCGGGUGACUGAGAAGCCGAGCAUCUUCUCUCGGCCACUCACAGAUGUCACAGUCACAGAGGGUGAGGACCUGACUCUUGUCUGUGAAACUACCACCGUGGAUAGCUCUGCGCGCUGGACCAAAGAUGGGAAGACACUGAGGCCAUCUGCACGAUGCCAGCUAAGCCAUGAAGGCUGCCAGGCCCAGCUGGUCAUCACUGGCACCACCCUACAGGAUGGUGGGCGGUACAAAUGUGAGGUUGGCGGAGCCUCCAGCAGCUCCAUUGUCAGGGUCCAUGCUCGGCCAGUGCGGUUCAGGGAGUCCCUGAAGGACAUGGAGGUGCCAGAGGGCAAGGCUGCCACACUACGCUGUGUGCUGUCAUCUGUGGCUGCACCUGUGGAGUGGCGUCAUGGCGAUGAUGUCUUGAAAUCCAGCAACAAGUAUAGCCUGCGCCAAGAGGGCGCUGUGCUGGAACUGGUCAUCCGAGACCUGCAGCCCCAGGACAGCGGGCAGUACUCAUGUUCCUUUGGGGACCAGACAACCUCAGCCACACUCACAGUGAAAACCUCAUCUGCCCAGUUCAUAGGAAAACUGAGAAACAAGGAGGCCACGGAAGGGACCAUGGCCACACUCCGGUGUGAGCUGACCAAAGAGGCGCCCGUGGAAUGGAAGAAGGGAACAGAGACCCUGAGAGAUGGGGACAAAUACAGCCUGAGGCAGGAUGGAGCUGUGUGUGAGCUGCAGAUCUGUAGCCUGCUUGUGGCAGAUGCAGGGGAGUACCUGUGUGUGUGUGGACAGGAGAAGACUUCAGCCACGCUGACUGUCAAGGCUCUGCCGGUCCACUUUAUCAGAAGGCUCAGGAGCAAGGAGACCACAGAAGGGGACGCGAUCACACUGCAGUGUGAACUGAGCAAGGCUGUCCCUGUGGAGUGGAGGAGGGGCUCAGAGAGCCUGAGAGAUGGGGGCAGAUACAGCCUGAGGCAGGACGGGGCCGUGUGUGAGCUGCAGAUCCGUGGCCUGGCUGUGGAAGAUGCUGGGGAGUACUCGUGCGUGUGUGGGGAAGAGAGGACCACAGCCACACUGAGUGUCAAGGCCCUUCCAGCUAAGUUCAUAGAUGGUCUGAAGAAUGAAGAGGCCACAGAAGGAACCACGGCUACACUGACCUGUGAACUGAGCAAGACAGCUCCUGUGACAUGGAAGAAAGGACCGAAGACCUUGCGAGAUGGAGAUAAAUAUGGCCUGAGGCAGGACGGAGCUGCGUGUGAGCUGCAGAUCCGUGGCCUGACCAUGGCCGAUGCCGGGGAGUACUCAUGUGUGUGUGGGCAAGAGAAGACGUCAGCCACGCUUACUGUCAGCGGUAAGAUGGAUGGCUUGUCUUUAUGUUGCGCCUAUCAUUUCCUCUUGCCUCCAUGUGUGGCACAGCAUCUGUGGUACCCCGUGGCCGUGUGUCCAUUUACUCAAGCAGAUCCUCCUGCUGCUGUCUCUCCGCAGUUACCUGCUUCCCUCCCCGUCUGUAUGUGGUCCAGUUACUCACGCUGUGGCUCUUGGUCAGUGUGUGGCCUGGCUGUGGUGGAUCCUGGGGAGUACGCCUGUGGGCCUGGGCAGGAGAGGACCUCAGCCACACUGAAUAUUAAUGCCCUGCCUACCAAGUUCACAGAAGGUCUCAAGGAUGAAGAGGCCACGGAAGGCACCAUGGCCACUCUGAGGUGCCAGAUGAACAAGGCUGCCCCUGUGGAGUGGAGGAGGGGCUCAGAGAGCCUGAGAGAUGGGGGCAGAUACAGCCUGAGGCAGGACGGGGCCGUGUGUGAGCUGCAGAUUCAUGGCCUGGCUGUGGAAGAUGCCGGGGAGUACUCGUGCGUGUGUGGGCAGGAGAGGACCUCAGCCACACUGAGUGUCAAGGCCCUGCCCCCCAGAUUCACAGAGGGUCUGAAGAAGGAAGAGGCCACGGAAGGCACCAUGGUGACUCUGAGGUGCCAGAUGAACAAGGCUGCCCCUGUGGAGUGGAGGAGGGGCUCAGAGAGCCUGAGAGAUGGGGGCAGAUACAGCCUGAGGCAGGAUGGGGCCGUGUGUGAGCUGCAGAUCCGUGGCCUGGCUGUGGAAGAUGCCGGGGAGUACUCGUGCAUGUGUGGGCAGGAGAGGACCUCAGCCACACUGAGUGUCAAGGCCCUACUCCCCAGGUUCACAGAAGACUUGAGAAGCCAAGAGGCCAUGGAAGGCACCAUGGUGACUCUAAGGUGCCAGAUGAACAAGGCUGCCCCUGUGGAGUGGAAGAGGGGGUCAGAGAGCCUGAGAGAUGGGGGCAGAUACAGCCUGAGGCAGGACGGGGCCGUGUGUGAGCUUCAGAUCCGUGGCCUGGCUGUGGAAGAUGCCGGGGAGUACUCAUGCGUGUGUGGGCAGGAGAGGACCUCAGCCACACUGAGUGUCAAGGUCCUGCCCAUGCGACUCACGGAAGAGCGGGCCAAGGGGUUCAUGGAAGGGUGCAUGACCACUCUGCAAGGUCAGCUCAGCUGAAAGGCCUCUGUGGCGUGGAAGACGGGAACAGAGACUCUUCGAACAGACAGAUAUAAGCUGCAGCAAAACAGGGCCAUGUCUGAGCUGCAUGUCCAUGGCCUGACCAUGUUAGAUGCUGGAGAGUACGCAUGCGUGUGUGUUGAAGAAAGGAUGACUAUUGGGGUAAAGACCACACCUGCUCUGCCCCCCAAGUUCACAGAGGGUCUGAAGAAGGAAGAGGCCACGGAAGGCACCAUGGUGACUCUGAGGUGCCAGAUGAGCAAGGCUGCCCCUGUGGAGUGGAGGAGGGGCUCAGAGAGCCUGAGAGAUGGGGGCAGAUACAGCCUGAGGCAGGACGGGGCUGUGUGUGAGCUGCAGAUCCGUGGCCUGGCUGUGGAAGAUGCCGGGGAGUACUCGUGCGUGUGUGGGCAGGAGAGGACCUCAGCCACACUGAGUGUCAAGGCCCUGCCCCCCAGAUUCACAGAGGGUCUGAAGAAGGAAGAGGCCACGGAAGGCACCAUGGCCACUCUGAGGUGCCAGAUGAGCAAGGCUGCCCCUGUGGAGUGGAGGAGGGGGUCAGAGAGCCUGAGAGAUGGGGGCAGAUACAGCCUGAGACAGGACGGGGCCAUGUGUGAGCUUCAGAUCCGUGGCCUGGCUGUGGAAGAUGCCGGGGAGUACUCGUGCGUGUGUGGGCAGGAGAGGACCUCAGCCACACUGAGUGUCAAGGCCCUGCCCCCCAGAUUCACAGAAGACUUGAGAAGCCAAGAGGCCACAGAAGGCACCAUGGUGACUCUGAGGUGCCAGAUGAACAAGGCUGCCCCUGUGGAGUGGAGGAGGGGCUCAGAGAGCCUGAGAGAUGGGGGCAGAUACAGCCUGAGGCAGGACGGGGCCGUGUGUGAGCUGCAGAUCCGUGGCCUGGCUGUGGAAGAUGCCGGGGAGUACUCGUGCGUGUGUGGGCAGGAGAGGACCUCAGCCACACUGAGUGUCAAGGCCCUGCCAGCCAGAUUCAUAGAAGACUUGAGAAGCCAAGAGGUCCCGGAAAGUUCAACAGUCACAAUGCGGUGUGAGCUAAGCAAGAAGGCCCCUGUGGUGUGGCGGAAAGGGUCAGAGACCUUGAGAAAUGGGGCCAGAUACAGCUUGAGGCAGGACGGGGCUGUGUGUGAGCUGCAGAUCCGUGACCUGACUGCAGAAGAUGCUGGAGAGUACUCGUGCACAUGUGGGCAGGAGAGGACCACAGCCACACUGAGCAUUAUGGCCCCACAGGUGGUGUUCCAGAAGCCACUGCAGAAUUUGCAAGCAGAAGAAGGCUCCAUGGCCAGUCUGCAGUGUGAGCUGUCAGUCCCCAACACUGCUGUGGUCUGGAGCAAGGGUGGCCUGGAGCUGCAGGCUGACACACGCCGAGAGGCACGGCAGCAGGGGCGUGUGGCAGAGCUGCUGCUUCGGGAUGUGCGCCGUGAGGAUGCGGGCGAGUACAGUUGCACCUGCGGCUCUCAGACCACAAGCGCCACGCUCAUGGUCACAGCUGCUCCUGUGCGGUUCCUCCGGGAGCUGCAGGCCCAGGACGUUGAUGAAGGGACCACCGCACACCUGCGCUGUGAGCUGAGCCGGGAGGCAGUGAGCGUGGAGUGGCGCAAGGGCUCCUUGCAGCUUUUUCCGUGUGCUAAGUAUCAGAUGACGCAGGAGGGUACAACUGCGGAGCUGCUGGUCCGUGGGGUGGAGCAGGAGGAUGCAGGCGAAUACACCUGUGAUGCAGGCCACACGCAGAGCAUCGCCAGGCUCUCCAUCCGAGCCCCCAAGCCCAAGUUCAAGACUGGCCUGCAGAGCACGGAGCAGGAGGCAGGUGGCACUGCACGGCUGUGUUGUCAACUGAGUGAGGCCGUGCCAGGGACUCCAGUGCAGUGGCUCAAGGAGGGGGUGGAGCUGCGUGUCGGCACCAAGUAUGAGAUGCGAUGCCAAGGGGCUAUGUGUGAGCUGCUGAUUCACGGGCUGGAGGCCAAGGACACCGGUGAAUAUGCCUGUGUGGUGGGUGGCCAGAAGACCUUGGCCUCCCUCAGAGUCAAAGAGCCUGAGGUGACCAUUGUGCAGGGACUCGUGGACAUGGAGGUGCAGGCUGAUGAGGAUGUGGAGUUCACUUGCAAGGUGUCACAGGCAGGAGCCACAGAUGUGCAGUGGCACCUCCAAGGUCUGCCACUGCAGAGCAACGAAGUGACAGAGGUGGCUGUUCUUGGAGACGGCUGUACCCACGUGCUCCAGUUGAAGGGUGUGACCCUGGAGGAUGCUGGCACUGUCUCCUUCCACGUGGGCAGCCAUUCGUCUUCUGCUCAGCUCACAGUCCGAGUCCCAGAGGUGACCGUUCUGGAGCCCCUGAAGGAUGUGCAGCUCAGCGAGGGCCAGGAUGCCCACUUCCGGUGCCGGCUGUCCAGGGCCUCGGGCCAGGAGGCUCGCUGGGCUUUGGGAGGGGUUCCCUUGCAGUGCAACGAGAUGAAUGACAUCACUGUGGAGCAGGGUACACUCUACCUGCUCACUCUGCACAAGGUGACCCUCGAGGAUGCUGGAACAAUCACUCUCCAAGUGGGCUCAUGCUCCUCAGAGGCCCAGCUGAAGGUCACAGCCAAGAACACAGUGGUGCGUGGCCUGGAGAACGUGGAUGCGCUGGAGGGGGGCGAAGCUCUGUUCGAGUGCCAGCUGUCCCAGCCUGAAGUGGCUGCCCACACCUGGCUGCUGGACGACGAACCCGUGCACACGUCGGAGAACGUGGAGGUCGUCUACUUCGAGGAUGGGCUGCGCCACCUGCUUUUGCUCAAAAACCUGAAGCCACAGGACAGCUGCCGCGUGACGUUCCUGGCAGGGGAUGUGGUCACGUCUGCCUUCCUCACUGUGAGAGGCUGGCGCUUGGAGGUCCUAGAGCCCCCACAAGAUGCAUCUGUGAAAGCUGGUACGCAGGUGGGCUUUACUUGCGUGCUAAGUGAAGCAGUGUCUGUGGGCGAGGCUACUUGGUACAUCAACGGGGCUGCCAUCCAACCUGAUGAUGCUGACUGGACAGUCACCUCAGAUGGCAGCCACCAUGCCCUGACGCUGAGCAGUGCCCAGCCCCAACAUGCAGGAGAGGUCACGUUUGCAGCACGUGAUGCCGUGGCCUCUGCACGCCUCUCUGUGCUGGCUGUCCCCGAUCCCCCUGAAGACGCUGAAGUGGUGGGUCGUAGUGACCACUCAGUGACCCUCUCCUGGGUGGCUCCCAUGAGUGAUGGUGGUGGUGGUCUAUGUGGCUAUCGUGUGGAGAUGAAGGAGGCAUCCACAGGCCAGUGGCAGUUGUGCCAUGAGUUGGUACCCGGCCCAGAGUGUGUGGUGGACGGCCUGGUCCCUGGGAAGACCUACCGCUUCCGAGUGGCAGCUGUGGGUCCAGCAGGUGCUGGGGAGCCUGUACAUCUGCCCCAGAUGGUCAAGAUAGCCCCGGCCCCGGCCCCGGCCCCGGCCCCAGCCCCGGCCCCGGCCCCGGCCCCGGCCCCAGGCCCAGCAACACGGCAGGCAGUGGUUGGUGAAGAUGUGUGUCUGGAGUUGGAAGUGGCAGCUGAUGCUGGCGAGGUCGUCUGGCACAAGGGAACAGAGCGCAUCCAGCCCAGCGGGCACUUUGAGGUCGUCUCUCAGGGUCAGCGGCAGAUGCUGGUGAUCAAGGGCUUUAGGACCGAAGACCAAGGGGAGUACCGCUGUGGUCCCAUCCGGGGUCUGGCCUCCUCAGGAGCUGCCACGUUCAAUGUGGUCAUGACCUCGGGCUCUGGAGAUGAGGUCCCGGCACAGCCUAGCCUGCCUCCUGAGGCAGCCCAGGAGGGUGACCUGCAUCUGCUUUGGGAGGCCCUUGCCCGGAAGCGCCGCAUGAGUCGGGAGCCUACGCUGGACUCCAUCAGCGAGUUGCCCGAGGAAGACAGCCGUGUACAUCAUCUGAGGCAGGAGGCGGAAGAGACAGCGCCUGACCUCUCUGAGGGCUACUCUACAGCUGAUGAGCUAGCACGCACAGGAGAGGCUGACCUCUCACACACCAGCUCUGACGAUGAGUCUCGGGCUGGCACCCCCUCCCUAGUUACCUACCUCAAGAAGGCCGGGGGUCCUGGGAUCUCACCCUUGGCCAGCAAGCACGAGGCCCAGGUGACCAUGUCUGUGAAGCCACAAAAGCAGCAGGAGCCAGUAGUGUCCACAUGCCCACUGCCGGGAGACUUGAGCGCAGAAGAUUUGAAGGAUCCAUCCCUAGACAAGGCGGCCGUGAAGAUCCAGGCUGCCUUUAAGGGCUACAAAGUGCGGAAGGAGAUGAAGCAACAGGAAGGGCCUGUGUUCUCACGAACAUUUGGGGACACAGAGGCACAGGUUGGGGAUGCCCUGCGGCUGGAGUGUGUGGUGGCCACCAAGGCUGAGAUGCGGGCUUGCUGGUUGAAGGAUGGCAUCGAGUUAACAGAUGGGCGACACUACCACAUAGACCAACUCAAAGACGGUACCUGCUCUCUGCUGGUCACUGGCCUGGGCCCCACUGACUCUGGCCGUUACACCUGUCAGGUGAGCACCAAGUUUGGCCGUGUGAGCCACAGUGCCUGUGUGGUGGUCAGCGGGACAGAGAGUGAGGCUGAGAGCUCCUCCGGGGGCGAGCUGGACGAUGCCUUCCGCCGGGCAGCAAGACGCCUGCACCGUCUCUUCCGCACCAAGAGCCCGGCUGAGCUCUCAGAGGAGGAGCUCUUCCUCAGCGCUGAUGAAGGCCCCGGGGAGCCAGAGGAGCCUGCAGACUGGCAGACAUACCGAGAGGAUGAGAACUUUGUUUGCAUCCGUUUUGAGUCACUUACAGAGGCCCGCCGGGCAGUCACCUGCUUCCGUGACAUGUUUGCCACCAUGGGCAUCGGGGUGGAGAUCAGCCUAGGGGAGCCGGGACCCCGGGGAGUGGAGAUGCGCAUUGGCAAGGUGGCCCCCACUGCCACCCCUGCGGUGCCGCUUGCAAAGACACCUGGCCUGCAGACUUCAGAUGCUGCCCCAGUGUUCCUGACUGAGCUGCAGAACCAAGAUGUGCAGGAUGGGUACCCCAUAAGCUUCGACUGUGUGGUAACAGGCCAGCCUGUGCCCAGCGUUCGCUGGUUCAAGGAUGGGAAGUUGCUAGAGGAGGAUGACCACUACAUGAUCAAUGAGGACCGACAGGGAGGUCACCAGCUCAUCAUCACGGCUGUGGUGCCCGCAGACAUGGGAGUCUACCGCUGCCUGGCGGAGAACAGCAUGGGGGUCUCCUCCACCAAGGCUGAGCUGCGUGUGGAAUUGACCAGCACAGACUAUGACACUGCUGCUGAUGCUACGGAGACCUCAUCCUACUUCAGCGCCCAGGGAUACCUGUCCAGCCGGGAGCAAGAGGGAACGGAGUCAGAUGAGGGGCAGCUUCCCCAGGUGCUGGAGGAACUGAAAGACCUCCAAGUGGCCCCUGGCACACGCCUGGCCAAGUUCCAGCUCAAGGUGAAAGGCUAUCCAGCUCCCAAACUAUACUGGUUCAAAGACGGCCGGCCCCUGACCACAUCUGACCACAUCCGCAUGACUGACAAAAAGACCCUACACACACUGGAGAUUGUCUCUGUCACCCGGGAGGACAGUGGCCAGUAUGCAGCCUACAUCAGCAAUGCUGUGGGUGCUGCGUACUCGUCAGCCCGGCUGCUGGUCCGAGGUCCCAGUGAACCAGAAGAGAAGCCAGCAUCAGAUGUCCCCGAGAGGCUGGUGCCACCCCGAAUCCUGGAGAAGUUCACCCCCAAGAAAGUAAAGAGAGGCUCCAGCAUCACCUUUUCAGUGAAGGUGGAAGGACACCCGGCCCCCAGUGUGCUUUGGCUCAAGGAGGAGGCAGAGAAGGGAGUACUGUGGAUUGGCCCUGACACCCCGGGCUACACCAUGGCCAGCUCUUCGAAGCAGCAUAGCCUGGUCCUGCUGGACGUAGGUCGACAGCACCAGGGCACCUACACAUGCAUUGCCACCAACGCUGCUGGCCAGGCACUGUGCUCUGCCAGUCUGCACAUCUCCGGCUUGGCCAAAGAAGAAGGGCAGGAGAGUGUGAAGGAGGCCCUCAUUUCCUCCUUCCUGCAAGGGACAAGCCAAGCUGUCUCAGCCCAGAUGUCAGAAUCCACAGGUUUUGCUGAUCUUGUCGGGCAAAGGAAAGGUGAGUCCCUGGUGGCUGAGGAGGCCCACAGUCACCUGUCCCUUGCUGAGGUGGGAACAGAAGAGUUCCUGCAGAAACUCACCUCGCAGAUCACCGAGAUGGUAUCGGCCAAGAUCUCGCAGGCCAAACUCCAGGUACCUGGAGGUGACAGCGAUGAGGAGUCCAAGACGCCAUCUGCUUCUCCUCGGCAUGGCCGGUCACGUCCUUCCUCCAGUGUUCAAGAGUCCUCCUCAGAGUCAGAGGAUGGGGACUCCCGUGGUGAGAUCUUCGACAUCUAUGUGGUCACCGCUGACUAUCUGCCCCUGGGAGCCGAGCAGGAUGCCAUCAUUCUGAGAGAAGGCCAGUACGUCGAGGUCCUUGACUCAGCCCACCCCCUGCGCUGGCUUGUCCGCACCAAGCCCACCAAAUCCAGCCCUUCCAGGCAGGGCUGGGUGUCACCUGCCUACCUGGACAAGAGGCUCAAGCUGUCUCCAGAGUGGGGGCCCACUGAGGCCCCUGAGUUCCCCGGCGAGGCUGUGUCUGAGGAUGAGUAUAGAACGAGGCUGAGCUCUGUCAUCCAGGAGUUGCUGAGUUCAGAGCAGGCUUUUGUGGGUGAGCUGCAGUUCUUGGAGAGCCACCAUAUGAAGCACCUGGACCGAUCUCCCCGGGUACCCGCAGCUGUGGCCAGCCAGAAGACAGUCAUCUUUCGUAACGUGCAGGACAUCAGCCAUUUCCACAGCAGCUUCUUGAAGGAGCUGCAGGGCUGUGGCACUGACGAUGAUGUGGCCAUGUGCUUCAUCAAGAACCAGGAGGCCUUUGAGAAGUACCUCGAGUUCCUAGUGGGCCGUGUGCAAGCUGAAUCAGUGGUCGUCAGCACCCCAGUCCAGGAGUUCUACAAGAAAUAUGCAGAAGAGACACUGUCAGCCAAGGACCCCACACAGCCACCCCCACCUCCUCUUCAGCACUACCUGGAGCAGCCAGUGGAACGGGUGCAGAAAUACCAGGCCUUGCUGAAGGAGCUAAUUCGCAACAAGGCCCGCAACCGGCAGAACUGCGCGCUGCUGGAACAGGCCUAUGCUGUGGUGUCCGCCCUGCCCCAGCGGGCUGAGAACAAGCUACACGUUUCCCUCAUGGAGAACUACCCGGGAACGCUGGAGGCCCUGGGAGAACCUAUCCGCCAGGGCCACUUCAUAGUGUGGGAGGGGGCUCCAGGGGCCCGGAUGCCUUGGAAGGGCCACAACCGGCAUGUCUUCCUCUUCCGAAACCACCUGGUGAUCUGCAAGCCCAGGAGAGACUCUCGGACUGAUACCUUCAGCUACGUGUUCCGGAACAUGAUGAAGCUGAGCAGCAUCGACCUGAAUGACCAGGUAGAGGGGGACGACCGUGCCUUUGAGGUGUGGCACGAACGGGAAGACUCUGUGCGCAAGUACCUGCUGCAGGCACGGACAGUCAUCAUCAAAAACUCGUGGGUGAAGGAGAUCUGUGGCAUCCAGCAGCGCCUUGCCCAGCCUGUGUGGCGUCCCCCUGAGUUUGAAGAGGAGCUAGCUGACUGCACAGCCGAGCUGGGUGAAACGGUCAAGCUAGCAUGCCGAGUGACGGGCACACCUAAGCCUAUUGUCAGCUGGUACAAAGAUGGGAAGCCAGUGGAGGUGGACCCACACCACAUCCUCAUUGAAGACCCUGAUGGUUCCUGUACCCUCAUCUUGGACAACCUCACUGGCAUAGACUCUGGCCAGUACAUGUGUUUUGCGGCCAGUGCUGCUGGCAACGCCAGCACCUUGGGGAAGAUUCUAGUACAAGUGCCCCCACGAUUUGUGAACAAGAUCCGGGCCACACCCUUUGUGGAGGGUGAGGACGCACAGAUCACCUGCACAGUGGAAGGAGCCCCAUACCCUCAGAUCAGGUGGUACAAGGAUGGUGCCCUGCUAACCCUGGGCAACAGGUACCGGAUGUUGAAUGAGCCCCGCAGUGGUGUACUGGUACUGGUGAUCCAGGCGGCCAGCAAGGAGGACCUGGGACACUAUGAAUGUGAGUUGGUGAACCGGUUGGGCUCAACGCGCGCUGGCGGAGAACUUUACAUGCAGAGCCCUGCAUUGCGAGCCCGGGACCAGCACUGCCGGGAACAGCUUGUGGCUGCUGUGGAAGUCACUGAGCAGGAGACAAAAGUCCCCAAGAAAACCGUCAUCAUAGAGGAGACCAUCACCACCGUAGUGAAGAGUCCUCGUGGCCGACGACAGUCCCCUGGAAAGUCUCCCUCUCGCUCACCCUCCCGCCGCUCUGCCAGUCCACGGAGGCCAGGGCUGUUGGCCCCCGAGAUGCUGUACCCACCAGGGACCAGCCCAUCCCGGAGGCUUGAAGCAGAACAAGGCAGGAAGGCCCCGGUGCCUGCACUGUAUGUGACAGAAGCUGAGGCCCACCCUCCAGCCUCGAAGCCCCAGCCCAAGUGGUUAGAGGUGGAGGAAACCAUUGAAGUCCGGGUGAAGAAGACAGGGUCACGGGGUGCAUCUCCUGUCCGAGAGAUGACCAGCUGUGGAGAGGGAAUCCUCUUCACACUGCCUGGCGGGGUCCCUGGUAGAGACCCAAACUCCAACAACUCCAACAACAAGAGUGUGUACCAGGAAGCCCGGACCCGGGGUCCCGCUGUGGUCCAUGUCGGUGAGCCUUUUGUCUUCCAAGUAGACUCGGUGGGCAAUGUGGACUGGGUUGCUGCUAGCCCUGAGCCAGAAGCAGUCAGAGCCUCGCGGGAGGAAGAGAACGUUGAAAGGGAGGAAGGAUGCAGUGAUGGAGAUGGGGAUACCUUCCUGAUGGAAGAACCGCAGGACACGGACAGCCUUCAGGGCCGUGACCCCAAAAUCCUCACACGCAAUGGCCGGGUGCUGACAUUGGCUGACCUGGAAGAUUAUGUACCCCAGGAAGGAGAGACUUUUGGCUGUGGGGACCCCACCCCCAGCACCCCUGAUGAACCUCCCUGUGAAGUCUCUGUGCUCCAGAGAGAGAUCAGCGAGCCCACUGUGGGGCAACCUGUCCUGCUCAAUGUGGGACGUCCUCCAGGCACCGGCGCCACCCCCAGCUUCUUCAGGCCAAGUUCCCGGGUCCACAGCCCUGAGAGCGUCUCCUUCCUUUUACGCGAGGCCUGGACAGGUCCAGGGGGUGCUGCCCCUUGGACAAGCUCCCUCCGUACCCAUGUCCAUAGUUCUGUUGACGGUGGCCACGGGAGCUUCAAGACAGAGGUCUCCACCCAGACAGUCAGCUUUGGGGCUGUAGGAGAGACAGUCACUCUGCAUAUUAACCCAGAUGGUGGAGAGGCCCCAGGCCCCUCCCAGGACUCCGCCAUGGAGGGCUCUGCCCAUCCCGCCCAGGACGGAGCUGACCAACAAGCUGCUUCUGUCCUGUGGAGGCUGCUGGGUUCAGAAGCCCUCAGCCCCGCCCCAGGGGACUUCCCCAACACCAGACAGAGUGAGCCACCUGCAUUUGAAGAGGCCACAUCCCAGAUCGCAGGCACAACUUCAGGUACACCUGGUGAACUCCCAAAGGUCUCACAGCCUGGCACACACAAGGGCCUGGAGCAGGAGACAACAACUUCUGCGUCCCAGGGAUGGACUGUACCCAUUCGGGUGGAGGGAACGGUCUGGCCAGGUGCGGGCACCGGGCAGCUGCUCGUGGAUGUGCACAGCCAAGUCACCGUGGAGACCACACAGAGGACCUACGUGUGCCAAGCUCCCGACACAGGUGUCACAAGGGCCCCAUCCAUGCAGGUCACUAUUGAGGAUGUGCAAGUACAAGCAGGGGAUGUGGCACAGUUUGAUGCUGUCAUUGAAGGCAACCCGCCGCCCAUAGUGACCUGGUUCAAGGACAACACCCAGCUGAUGAACGGGGCCCGGCUGAGCCAGCGGCAAGAUGGAACUACAUAUUCCUUGGUGUUGACUGACGUGGCUCCACAGGAUGCCGGGGUCUACACAUGUGUUGCCAAUAAUGCAGGUGGACAGGUGCUCUGCAAGGCAGAGCUGCUGGUCUGCGGGGGGGACAAGCUAGAUGCCGAAAAGCAAGUCUAUCGGAGAAAACUGCAUUCCUUCUAUGAGGUUCAAGAAGAGAUUGGGAGGGGUGUGUUUGGUUUCGUGAAAAGGGUUCAGCAUAAAGGAAACAAGAUGUCCUGUGCUGCCAAGUUCAUCCCCCUGAGGAGCAAAACUCGAGCCCAGGCAUACCAGGAACGAGACAUCUUGGCUACGCUCGGUCACCCGCUGGUCACUGGGCUCCUGGACCAGUUUGAGACCCGAAAGACUCUCAUUCUCAUCUUGGAACUGUGCUCAUCUGAAGAGCUGCUGGAUCGACUCUUCAAGAAGGGUGUAGUGACUGAAGCUGAGGUCAAGCUGUAUAUCCAGCAGCUGGUGGAAGGCCUACACUAUUUGCACAGCCAUGGUAUCCUCCACCUGGACAUAAAGCCCCCCAACAUCCUGAUGGUACACCCAGCUCGGGAAGACAUUAAGAUCUGUGACUUUGGCUUUGCCCAAAAGAUCACCCCUUCAGAACCACAGUACAGCAAGUACGGCUCACCGGAAUUUGUGUCCCCAGAGAUCAUCGAGCAGAAUCCUGUGAGCGAGGGCUCGGACAUAUGGGCCAUGGGCGUCAUCUCCUACCUCAGCCUCACCUGCUCAUCCCCGUUUGCUGGAGAGAGUGACCGCGCCACCUUGCUCAAUGUUUUGGAGGGGCGGGUCUCUUGGAGCAGUCCCAUGGCUGCCCAUCUGAGUGAGGACGCCAAGGACUUCAUCAAAGCCACGCUGCAGAAGACCCCCAGGGCCCGGCCCAGUACUUCCCAGUGCCUUGCCCACCCCUGGUUCCUGAAAUCCAUGCCUGCUGAGGAGGCCCACUUCAUUAACACAAAACAGCUCAAGUUCCUGCUUGCUCGAAGUCGCUGGCAGCGUUCCUUGAUGAGCUAUAAGUCUAUCCUGGUGAUGCGCUCCAUCCCUGAGCUGCUCCAGGGUCCUCCAGACAGCCCGUCUCUAGGAGUGGCCCGCCACCUACGAGGGGAAGCCAGUGGCUCCUCUAGCUCAUCGUCUUCCUCAGACAACGAGCUCGCCCCGUUUGCCAGGGCUAAGUCGCUGCCACCGUCCCCUGUGACUCACUCGCCACUGCUGCAUCCUCGGGGCUUUCUGCGGCCUUCAGCCAGCCUCCCAGAGGAGACAGAGGCCAGCAUGCCCUCUGCUGACACAACCGUGCCAGCAUCCCCCCAGGGUGCUGGGCCUCCUCCGGCAAGCCCAGGUUGUGUGCCCCGACACAGCGUCAUCAGCAGCUUGUUCUAUCAGCAAGCGGGUGAGGGCGCAGAGCGCGGGAGCAAAACGUUAGGUGCCAAGAGGCACCCAGCUCGGAGGCGGCACCUGCUAAAGGGCGGGUACAUUGCCAGGGCCUUGCCUGGCCUGCGGGAGCCACUGAUGGAGUACAGCUUGUUGGAGGAAGAGGCUGCUAGGGAGGAGCAGGCCUCUCUGAUGACCAAGACACCCUCCUUCGAGACUGCCCUGCGACUACCUAGUUCCAAUGCCAGAGAGGUCCCAGGCCGAAGCCGGUCUCUGGACAACCCACCACUUGCUACUGGUCCCUCUCCUGAGGUGUGCAAAGAACAAGACCUGACCCCGCCCUCCUCGGGAUUGACUCAUGAAACCACUGCCAAGGACAUGGGACAUAAAGAAGGGUUCUUGCAGGAGUCUGUCCCCUUCCCACCUAUGAGGGGUGACGCUGGGUCUGUUAAGCAAGAGGGAUCAUCCCAGGACAGUUGUAGAGGGAAACCAGCCCCUUCCUGCCACUCUGAACUAGGUUCUGGUCCCCAGGAGGGAUGUGGCCCUCCAUCAUCACAGUUGCUUGGUUCCUUACCUCCACAGUCGCUGAAGAAGGAACUCUCAACAUCCUGUGGCCCACUCUUUUUAGAGCAGCCUCAUGCAGCCCCAUUCCCAACCCAAGCAAGCCCCCUUCUGGGUUCUGAGAAGAAACCUCAGGAUAGCUCUCUAUCUGAAGGGCCAAUCCCAGUUCCCUCCAGUUCCCCAGGGUCAGCCUCCCAAGUAGGUGCGCCCCCGGAUACUGAAGGCUUGUCUGAAGCCGGGGACACAUGUGACUUCACGCCUCCUCCACAGCGGCCUCAGGAGCAGGCCACCACUCGGAAGUUCUCUCUGGAGUCCCGAGGGGGCUAUGCAGGGGUGGCAGGCUAUGGCACCUUCGCCUUUGGCGGGGACGCGGGGGGGAUGCUAGGACAGGGCCCUCUUUGGGCCAGGAUGGCCUGGGCUGUGUCCCAGUCCUCAGAAGAGCAGGAUGAAGGUGUACCUGAGAGCCCUCAACCUCUGGAGAGCUUGGGGCCCAUUGCUGAGGCCAGCGGGGCUCCCCCAAGGACCUCUCCAAGCGUCACCCCAUGGGAGGAAGUUGAGCAGGUUUCCCUGGUACAGAUCCGGGACCUGUCUGGUGAUGCAGAAGCAGCUGACACCAUCUCCUUGGACAUUUCUGAGGUAGAUCCUGCCUACCUCAACCUCUCUGAUCUAUAUGACAUCAAAUAUCUCCCAUUUGAGUUCAUGAUCUUCAGGAGGGUCCCCAAACCUGUAGAGCAGCCAGAGUCACCUGAUUCAGAAACUGAAGGCGGGCAAGGGCCAGCAGCUUUCCUGGAGGAGGCCGUGUGGCCCUGGCCAGGCGAGCUGGGACUGCGUGCUGGUCUGGAGAUUACAGAGGAGCCAGAGGAGCCAGGAGACCUGGAAGCACUGCUGGGCGAGGCUGCUGUGGGCAGGAAGCGCAAGUGGUCCCCCUCCCGUGGCCUCUUCCAAUUCCCUGGGAGGUGCCUGUCAGGGGAGGAGCCUGUGGAGCUUGGGCUGCGACAGAGGGUGAAGGCGUCCAUGGCUCACAUAUCCAGGAUCCUGAAGGGCAAGCAGGAAGGUCCUGAGAAGGAAGGGCCUCCCAGAAAGAAGGCAGGCCUAGCUUCUUUCCGGCUGUCAGGCCUGAAGGGCAGAGACCAAGCACCAUCCUUCUUAAGAGAACUCUCAGACGAGGCUGUGGUCCUGGGCCAGUCCGUGACACUGGCCUGCCAGGUGUUGGCACAGCCAGCUGCCCAGGCUACCUGGAGCAAAGAUGGGGUCCUCCUGGAGAGCAGCGGCCACCUCCUCAUCUCGUCCACCCUGAAGAACUUCCAGCUGUUGACCAUCCUGGUGGUGAGGGAGGAGGACCUGGGCACAUAUACCUGCUGUGUGAGCAAUCCUCUGGGGACAGCGGUCACCACAGGCAUCCUCCGGAAAGCAGAGCGCCCUUCAUGUUCUCCACGGCCAGAGGUGGGGGAACUAUACACGGAUGCCGUGCUGCUGGUCUGGAAGCCUGUGGAAUCCUGUGGCCCGGUGACCUACAUUGUGCAGUGCUGUAUAGAAGGAGGCAGCUGGACAACCCUGGCCUCUGACAUCUCCGACUGCUGCUACCUCACUGGCAAGCUGCCCAGGGGUGGCAUGUAUACCUUCCGGACAGCAUGUGUCAGCAAAGCAGGAAUGGGCCCCUACAGCAGCCCCUCAGAACAGGUCCUCCUCGGAGGACCCAACCACCUGGCCUCUGAGGAGGAAAGCAGCCGGGGAAGGCCAGCCCAGCUUCUCCCCAGCACAAAGACCUUUGCCUUCCAGAUGCAGAUCCGGAGGGGCCGCUUCAGUGUGGUGCGGCAGUGCAGGGAGAGGGCAAGUGGGCGGGCCCUGGCAGCCAAGAUCGUUCCCUACCAGCCCGAGGACAAGACAGCUGUACUAAGAGAAUAUGAGGCACUUAAGAGACUGCGCCACCCACAUCUGGCACAACUCCAUGCCGCCUACCUCAGUCCCCGGCACCUGGUGCUCAUCCUGGAGUUGUGCUCUGGCCCUGAACUGCUACCCUCUUUGGCGGAGAGGGACUCCUACUCAGAGUCUGACGUGAAGGACUACUUGUGGCAGAUGCUGAGUGCCACCCAGUACUUGCAUGCCCAACACAUCCUGCACCUGGACCUGAGGUCAGAGAACAUGAUGGUCACCGAGUACAACCUGCUUAAGGUUAUAGACCUGGGUAACGCCCAGAGUCUCAGCCAAGAGAAGGUCCCACCGCCUGAGAACUUCAAAGACUACCUGGAGACCAUGGCUCCGGAACUUCUGGAAGGCCACGGGGCUGUUCCACAGACAGACAUCUGGGCUAUUGGUGUAACAGCCUUCAUUAUGCUAAGUGGCGAUUACCCAGAGAGCAGCGAAGGGACUCGAGACCUGCAGAAAGGCUUGCGCAAGGGACUCAUUCGGUUGAGUCGCUGCUACGCAGGAUUAUCAGGGGGCGCUGUAGCCUUCCUGCAGAGUUCAUUGUGUGCCCAACCCUGGGGCCGCCCGUGCGCUUCUACCUGCUUGCAGUGCGGGUGGCUGACAGAGGAGGGCCCCACCGGCUCCCGUCCCACUCCGGUAACCUUCCCCACCGCGCGGUUGCGCGCCUUUGUGCGCGAGCGCGAGAAGCGGCGGGCGCUCCUCUACAAGAAGUAUAACCUGGCCCAGGUGCACUGAGGUCCAGCUCUACAGAGCAGGAGGUGCCAGGCCACAUGCGGACACCGGCCAAUAAAAGGUGCAAAACAGUC